AUGGCUUCGAAUCAAGAACUGGCUUGCGUCUACGCUGCUUUGAUCCUCCAAGACGAUGAAGUCGCCAUCACUGGUGACAAGAUCGCCGCCCUUUUGAAGGCCGCCAACGUCGAAGUCGAGCCAUACUGGCCAGGACUCUUCGCCAAGGCAUUGGAAGGAGUUGAUGUCAAGGUAAUUUUUAAUAAUGUAUUUGAAAGUCCUUACCAAUUUAUUUUUCAGAACCUCAUCACCUCCGUCUCAUCCGGAGCUGGAUCAGGACCAGCCCCAGCUGCCGCUGCUGCUGCCCCAGCCGCCGGAGCCGCCGCUCCAGCUGCUGAAUCCAAGAAGAAGGAGGAACCAAAGGAAGAAUCCGACGACGACAUGGGAUUCGGUCUCUUCGACUAA